UUCAUAAUUUUGAUACCUAAUCUUGUGAAUUGUUCUUUUUGAAAGAAUUUCUUGAAUUGGUUUUCUUAGAUUCUCAUACUAAUUAAUUCAGGUGAAUGGUGUGAUUAGCUUUCAAAAUGCUGAAUUCCUUUAAUUUUCUUAUAUUGACAGUUAGUUGUUGUGUUCUUUUUGAAAGAAUUUCUUGAAUGGGUUUUCCUAGAUUAUCAUAGUAGGUAAUAAGGAUGUAUAGUACUAUUAGCUUCCAAAAUCGCUAAUUCAUUUACUUUUUUUUAUUUUUACAUUUAGUCACCAAUUAUUAUAGUUUAGUGAAUGUACAGUUCUAUUUGAUCAGAGUUUACAUGUAAAUCUGAAUCUAUGAAUUUUAGUUAGUUGGCUUGAGUUUUUGUUUGAUUGUUCAUAAUUCUAAUAUCUGAUCUUGUGAAGUCUUGUUCUGUUUGAAAGAAUUUCUUGAAUUUGUUUUUCUAAAUUCUCGUAGUAAUUAGUUAGGGUUUGUAGUAUGAUCAACUUUCAAAAUCACUGGAUUCAUUUAUUUUUAAAAUUUUUAUUCUUGUGCCAAAUAUCUUACUUUAGUGGAUAUACAAUUCUAUUUGGUCAAAGCUUACAAGUAAAUUUGAUUUUCUGAAUUUUAGUUUGUGGUUUUGAGUUUUUGCUUGAUUGUUCAUAAUUCUAAUAUCUGAUUUUGUGAAGUCUUGUUCUUUUCAAAAGAAUUUCUUGAAUUUAUUUUCCUAGAUUCUCCGUUCUCAUAGAAAUUAGUUAGGGUUUGUAGUACAAUAAGCUUUCAAAAUCACCAGAUUCAUUUAUUCUUAAAUUUUCAUUCUUGUGCCAAAUAUCUUACUUUAGUUGAUUUACAAUUCUAUUUGAUCAAAGCUUACAAGUAAAUUCUAUUCAAUGAAUUUUAGUUUGUGGUUUUGAGUGUUUGCUUUAUUAUAAUAAUUUUAAUAUCUGAUUUUGUGGAGUCUUGUUCUUUUCAAAAGAUUUCCUUGAUUUUGUUUUCCUAGAUGCUCAUAGUAAUUAAUUAGGGAUUAUAGUACAAUAAGCUUUCAAAAUCACCAGAUUCAUUUAGUUUUAAUAUUUUUGCACUUUUGCCAAAUUUCUUAGUUUAGUCAAUAUACUUGAUCAAAGUUUAGAUGAAAAGUUGACCUAUGAAUUUUAUCUUAUGAACUGAAUUGUUGCUUCUGAUUUUCCUUUCUAAUAUUUGAUCUUAUGAGGUCUUAUUUGUGAUCACACAUGCUUAUACACUUCAGGAUUUAAUGGGAUUAGAUGUGUGUUUUUUGCAGAACAUUUCUGGAAUUGUUUCCCUGUAAUACAUAUAUUUUGAUCAGGAUGUGGGUUUGAUAGUUAGUUUGUCUGUGCUUAUCUGUCAGUUGAAUUGUUGACAUGUAGCUGUGUCAGAUGAGGGGUUUCUCUUCUAAACAUGUUUUUGCUUGUGUUUAUGACUUUAGUUUUUCCAUUGAUUGUUUCAAUGAUAAAUAAUUGUUGAAUCAGACUUAAUGUUUCAAUUAGAAUAUUACAUUAAGAUAAAGCAACAUAGGCAAGAAAUUGCAAGAACGCAAACAAUUGGUGUACCUUCAGUGCAAGUACUAGUUUCCAUGUUGCAUAGUAGCUACAAGCAGUUAGAGUGCACUAACCAAGAGAUGCCAGCAUAGGCAAGAAAUUACAAGAAAGGUAGCUAUUGGUGCGCAGUGCACUUGCCAACCCUGGGCAAAUUUGAGUUUAGUACAAGUUUUAAUGCUUUUUAAGCCAUUGUGCAGUAGCUACAAGUAGAUAGACGGUCUUGUAUCUUAAAAAUGUUGUCAUGUUAAAGUUGGGUUGUAAAUCUUUUUUUUUUUAAAUUUGUUUUGUUGUUAUGAUAAUAACUUUUUCUUAUGGUUUAAGUCUUUGAAUAUACACAUUUGUUGUUGACUUCAUUGUGCAAGUGCUUGAUUUCCUAUUAGUCUUUUGAAUUGGAAAUUUUGGUAGAUUUUUUUAAAGAUAUUUUAUGGCAAAAUUAUGACGCAUUUCCAACUUGGAUAUUCCUUUGUCUAUUAAAUGUUUCUAUCAAAAGAUUUGGAGUGUUUUUUCCUUUGCUUUCAGUACUAUGUAAAUGUCUAUCUGUUGCUAUGAUUUGGCAACCCAUGUACUAAUUAUAGGCAGAUGAUUACACAAUGUUGUUUGGUAUAAUUUUUUUUUUCUUGUUACCAAUCAUUGGUUAAUCAAGAUAUGUGCACAUCAAAAUCACAGUAUGCUAUUAACAGAAUAAUGGAAGAAUGUGCUGAUUUUAAUUAGUGCCAACAAAUCUUAAUCCAUGAAAUGUGAAUAAUUCUUAAACAUUUUUGAUAUUUUUUGUGUUGUUUCUUGUGCUUUUUGGUGUGAUGCACCUGUAGGCGAGAAUUUCCCCACAUGGAUGGAUUGCUCACUCUUGCGUCUAUAAGUAGUAUUUAUUGCUUGUGAUGGUGUAGGCUAGAAUGGAUGGCUCACCUUUGGUGGCAAUGUAGAACUAAAAUAUGCUUAAUUGUAAAAUUUUUGGGCCCAUCCUUUGAAUGCUUUGCUCUAUCAGCCAGUUUUGUUUUCGGGAGAUUUGAUAUAUUUAGGUAGCUUAUGUGGAACUAAGAAAACCUGAUCUAGGUCUGCUACAAAGCUGUGUAUAAUGGGCCUAACCAGGCACGAUAUAGUGCCAAUUGUAAAUGGGCUGAUUUUGUGGUAAUUUAUUUUAUUUUAUGUGCAAGAGCUAGGAAAUAUGCAGAAGCAACGUGCUCAGGCGCUCAGGAGGAUCCUGGAGUCGCCUGGAGUCUUCCAGGGACCUGCUUGCUUCAAUGCUUUGAGUGCCAAGCUGGUGGAGAAGGCUGGGUUCCAGUACUGCUUCACGAGUGGGUUCUCUAUAUCUGCUGCUCGGUUGGGCUUGCCAGAUGUGGGUCUGAUAUCCUAUGGUGAAAUGUUAGAUCAGGGGUACAAUAUCACACAAGCUGUUUCAAUUCCUGUCAUUGGGGAUGUUGAUAAUGGAUAUGGCAAUGAAAUGAAUGUCAAGAGAACUGUGAAAGGCUUUAUUCAGGCUGGUUUUGCUGGGAUUCUUCUUGAAGAUCAGGUGUCACCAAAAGCCUGCGGUCAUACCCGAGGAAGGAAGGUUGUUUCAAGGGAGGAGGCGGUGAUGCGCAUAAAAGCAGCUUUGGACGCUCGAGAAGAAAGUGGUUCUGACAUUGUGAUCAUAGCACGGACUGAUUCUCGGCAGGCUAUAUCUUUGGAAGAAGCAUUGUGGAGAUCAAGAGCCUUCGCUGAUGUGGGAGCGGAUGCUCUUUUCGUAGAUGCACUUGCUUCAGUGGAAGAAAUGAAGGCUUUUUGUGAAAUUGCUCCUCAGCUUCCAAAAAUGGCUAACAUGCUUGAAGGCCUAUUCUGAGUCCCUCUGAACUUGAGGAGAUUGGGUUUAAACUUGCAUGCUAUCCCUUAUCCUUGAUUGGGGUGUCUAUUCGUGCAAUGGAGGU